UAGGAACUGAAAUUGAACGUAGGACGUGACGACCGAUCACUCGAAAUUGAAUUAGACAAAUGAGGAACGUAAAAUAUGUAUUAUUGAAUAAACAUGAUUUUAGUGAAGCGUAUGAAAACCAUAGUCAAAGUGCGUUUGAAAAAAUCUUAGCAUUUGUGAGGCACAAACAUUUUGCAAGAAUUUUAGCAUUUUUUGCGUUAAUUACAACACUACAGUUGCUGCAUAUGCGAUACUACUACGAUGAAGCAACACGCUUAUAUGAAACCACAAUGCAAAUUGAAGUGGAGGAAUAUAAUGUAACGGCCACAGAAUCUGUUUCAUAUGUGAUAAAACAUAACGAGACUCGAUCACAAUACGAGUACUUCAUACACACGUCACAAUGUCGCAUACCGUAUGUGGAACCUUUCGGCGAAAAUGUUCUAAAAAUAUUUAAUCCACUAAAAUACAGAUAUACAAAUUGUACUAAGGAUGAAGCUUUCAUUACAAGCAUUUACCAGCUAAAUGCACGACAAUACUUUCUACACAUGAAUAUGGAGAACAUAGAACGCACCGUUAAGCCAUUAAAUGCCACCGCUACGGAUGUGCGCUGUUGUUAUCGGCAAAUCGUCAGAGCAGGAAGAGGAGGAUCAGCUGAUUCUAAGUAUAACCUCUUAAACUGUGUUACAUUUCAUCAGGAUUUCUUGGUACCGCUACAUAUAGACUUUAUAAUUACGGAGUGCUACCUAGGCGCCAAUGAUAAAAAUCCACUACAGAAGGACGCUUUUUCAUUUAUACAAGUAACAAAGAAGACAAAUAGCACAAUCAACACUAAUGAAACCAAAGUUUCGGGUAAAAGGAAACCAAGUGUUUUGCUGAUCGGUAUUGACGCAGUUUCGCGUAUUAAUCUACGACGCACAAUGCCACAGACGUUUAAAUAUCUGCAAAUGAAUCAAUGGGCCGAACUGCUGGGCUACAACAAAAUUGGUGAUAAUACUUUUCCCAACUUAAUGGCCUUGCUGACAUCAUACAAUUUAACGAUGGCUCAGGCGAAAUGCUUACCUAAAGCUGUAGGUGGACUUAACAAUCCACUUUGUAACUUUAUUUGGAACGAUUUUAAGCGAUUCGGCUAUAAGACCGCCUAUGCAGAGGACACAAGUUCAAUGAGCACUUUCAAUUAUAGAAAAAAGGGAUUUGAGCGGCCACCGACCGAUUAUUAUCUACGCCCCUUUACAAUGGCCGUAGAAAAAGUAUUGAAGGUGACCAAGAAAGCUGGACUGUCUUACUGUGUUGGCCGCAAACACUAUGGCGAAUACAUCUAUGAUUAUGCUUUACAAUUUGCGAAUGCAUACCCAGAAGAACCGCUCUUCGGAUUAUUCUGGACAAAUUCCUUUAGUCAUAAUGCCUUUGAUAUCGAAGCAACCAUGGACGUGAAGGUGUUGGAGUAUCUGAAAAAAUUGAAAAUAGAUGGGAUACUAGAGCGUUCAAUUGUGAUUUUUCUUGCUGAUCAUGGCAUUCGUUGGGGUAAAUUACUGAAAUUAAAAUCGGGUUUCUUAGAAGAACGUUUGCCAAUGUUUUUCAUAUCACUACCACCGUGGUAUCGAAAACAAUAUCAAAAUUUCGUAAAAAUCUUACAAACUAAUCAGAAACGUUUAACGACACCAUAUGAUAUUUAUGCGACCAUGAAACAUAUACUUGAAGUCACGCAACCAGAAAUCGAAUUUCCUAUACUCAAUGGAACUAUACGUGGUAUUAGUAUUUUUCGUGAAAUACCCGAGAAUCGUACAUGUAAUGAUGCAGGCAUUCCCGAGCAUUGGUGUACCUGUGUACCAUAUGAAGUUGUACCCACAAAGGAUGAAGUCGCGAAGAAUGUAACCUUAUUGGUGUUAAAGGAAAUGAAUCAAUAUCUGGUGAAUAAAAACAUUAGCGAUAAAUGCGCAGAAUUGAAAUUAGAAGCGAUCGACAGUGCUCAAAUGAAAAUGAUCAAAGUACCAAAUGAGUCCACAUUUCGUAUAAGUUUCGAAGCAAAUCCGGAGAAAGCGAGAUUUCAGGCUACGGUUGUUUAUAAUAUAACAGCAAAUACAAUCAAAACAGACGUGGAAGAUAUCUCGCGAUUGGAUUCGUAUGAAAAAACUUCCAACUGCAUCGAUUUGAAAGAGGAGAAAAAAUAUUGCGUUUGUAAAAAAUAAUGCUACGAAUAGGAUUUCAUUAAAGCUUCGCAUAGUUUCAAUCUCCCAAGGAGUAAAAGUGGGUGCUAAAUUUCUAAAUGUAAAUACUGAAAGUCUAAAACCUUAUU